UUUACAUAAAAAGUGUCAUUAACGUCAACGUCAAGCAAUAUCAUCAAUGAAUGAUUAAAAGAGUGAAAGUACCAAGUGAGAAAACUCGGAGAACUUUAUUUUUACUAAACAAAUACUUAGAUACUGAACGUCGCUACUCGCUUGAUAAAGCAUCGUUGGCAUACCUUUGUGAGUGUUAAAAAGUUGCAAAUUGGCUGUACUCUAUCAAAGAUAUGGCUACCCGUAAAAGAAGUGGUUCUGGGUCUAAGAGGCACCUGAAGGAGAAAGUUGUACAAAUCUAUGAAUCUUUCUUUAGAGGUGAAGAUUUAACCACUGAUAAUGCCACAUUCUGGGAUGAAUUCUUCCUCCUCAAGCCAAAAAUACCACAACUUGAAGCUGAAAUUCAUAAGCUGUCUGUAGAACAGCUUAUGAGCAUGAAAGAUAGUAUGAAUUUACUUGUAUCACAAUGUAUUGAAAUGCUAGGACAGGAACAUCAUAUAAGAUUGGUCUAUGCACUUCAGACUCUCAGUGCCCUAUUAAUAACAAUGUACCAAAGAGCUGCACAGGACUCUAAUAUCAAUAUUAAAACAGUGUUAAUUGGAUCAGAUAAUCCUGACUUGAAAAUGCAAAAGUUGUUUGAACAUUGUAGCACCAUUUUAUCAGGAGAUGUUCCAGACAGCUUAAAAUCAAUGGUUCUAAAGCUUCUUUUAGUAAUAGCAACGGGCCUCGACAACAUUGAUGAAAACCCUCUGGUUGAGUAUUUUAUGCAAAACUCAUUGUUUGAGUCUCUAAUACAAUUACUAUGCACCUCUACAGAAAGACAACAUCAUGGGUAUGAUGUGGUUAUGCUGUUAAUGUUUUUAGUAAAUUAUAAGAAACAAGAGUCUGCUAAUCCUUAUGUUGUGAAAUUAUCUAUACUAGAUGAUGAAUUAGCUUUGAAUGGGUAUGGACAAGUUAUUACAGCAGCUCUCAAUGACUAUGUGAUGUCGACUUUUGGAAAUAUGCAAGGAGGUGGAGGUGGCGGCGGUUGGCUGUCUUCCUUCACUAGUAUGGUUGGUGGGAUAUUUAUGACCAGUGAUGAGACACAACCAGUUAUCAGAGGACAGAGGGCCAGCGGUGCUGAAGAAGGAAUGUUACUGGCGUUGUACGAAGCAGCUCACUUGAAUCGCAAUUUCAUGACGACACUGGCCCAUUCCUCAUCAGCUGCAGCUUCAUCGGCGCCGCCUUCACCACCAGCUACAUUGCCACCGCAUCAGACUCCGCCUAAUUUAAGCCAAAUCCAAGCUCUUGAUAAUGAGCAACCAACUAAUCUGCUAGUCACAUUCUUCCAAUAUUGUUCCAUUGUAAUGGCAGACACUCGAAGCGAAUCAAGCAUCAACAAAUGCAGUCUAUGUUUUAUAAUACUUACGUGUAUAGUGGAAGAACAGUUUGCAAAUUCUAUUAUGCAUGACCAGAAUCUUACUUUUAAGGUACAACUGUAUAGGCUCCCGAUGCGUCAUAGAAAAAUAGUUCUCGAAGAGCCACCAUCCCAACCUCUCGCAUCUACCCUAAUAGAUCUUCUUGUCGAGUUCAUAAUGUGUCAUUUACUUAAGAAGUUUCCUGGUGAACUUUAUCAGUUGUGCAUAGGGGUGUUACUACGGCUACUCAGCUACCAAAAGCGAUGUCGCGUGAGACUGGCAAGAGACUGGCGGCCUUUAUGGGCUGCACUGAUUGCUCUCUUAAAGUUCUUAGUUACCAACGAGAGCACUUUACUGAGGAGGCAUAACAUUUUCAUUAUGAUUCAACAGGUCGUGAACAUUUUCAAUGUGUUUAUCACGUUCGGUGAUACCUUCCUGCCGACUCCUGUAUCUUAUGACCAAUUGUAUUAUGAACUAAUCCGUAUGCAUCAAGUAUUUGAUAAUCUGUUCUAUAUGGCUUUACGAUAUUCAACCAGUGAUGGUGAAUUCAAAGCAGAGGCGCUGCGCCUAGCUAACUGUUUGGUGAAUGUUCGGGCCAUCAUACAACACUUCUCGCCCAAGAUCGAAGCCUGGCUGGCUAUGCAAAAUCUUUCCACACCUACUGAAGAUCAGAUUCUAGAAGUAGUUAGAAAGAAUUAUGAUAGCUUAAUCCUAAAGCUACAAGAGGGGUUAGAAUCAUACGAGCGGUAUUCAGAAAAAGAACAUCGUCCCUUACUGUCGCGCCUGGUGCUGGCCGCGCGCCAGAGAAGCGACGCCUCAGCUUUACAUCACCACACUGCAGCUGCGUUGGAACAUUACACCAGCAUUUCCUGAAAGUAUUAAUUUAAUCACACUAACGGGGCGCGCGAUGCUUAUUUCUAGACGCCCAUAAAAUAUUACGUCGAUAGACUAUUCACACUAAAAGGUUAGCGACGUUAAUCCAAAUUACAAUAAAAAUAUGGCUGUUGUCAAGGUAAGCACACUUAUAAGAACUUUUAAUUUUUGAAUUAAUUUGUGAUAAGUAUCAGAAUGAGCUGUUUCUGAUUGUUUAUUUGUAACUGAUUGUUUAUUAUUGAAUUAUGUAUUGAUUUACAUCUUUGUAAGCCUAGUCGUUGCUAGCAUUUAAAGUUUAUAGAAUACUGUAAAUGUUAAUACCAUACUAUAUCAUAUUUUAUUGAACCCUGUAAGGUCCUUAGAUGUCAUAGAUAGAUCAUAUCUAUGUCAAUUAAUAUCACUGACAAUUAACAUGUACUACCAAAGUUUAAAAUAACCAGUUGUGACAAGAUUUAAAAUGAUAGUAAAAUAACUUACUGUAGUUAUAAUACAUCAUCAGACAUAAUAAAUAUGAUUCACUCAUGUUGUAAUAUGUCUUCU